CCACCCCUCCGUGGAAAGCAGAGACAUUAAUUUUGGAGCGGCUGAGUUGAGUCAGUAGCAGCAGUAGCAGCAGCAGCCACUGUGAGAACUGACAAGAUGAGCAGCUGGCACCUUCCAGGGUCCCUCUGCUUCCUCCUUCUGGUCUCCUGGGCUGUGGCCACAGCAGCCCUUCCCCUGGAAGAUGGCCUUGUCUUGAAAAGCAGUGAGCCCCUGAUGGACGCGGCGGAGGGCAAGCGGGGCGACCUCCUCACUUUCCUGGUCUCUUUGUACGACUGGAGCUCCCGCGGCGGCGGCGGCGGCGGCGAGAUGCCUCUGGCGGCGGCCGACGAGCCGCAGUUCUCCAAGCGGGACGGCCGGGGGCUUCCCAACCAGGCGGCGCCCCGGGAGAAGGCCCCCUGCAAGAACUUCUUCUGGAAGACGUUCUCCUCCUGCUGAGAGCCCGGCUGCCGCGCGCAGCAUGCGCCUAACGCGGGCCGGCCGCUGCCCUUCUUUGUCCCCCGUGUCUCGUCCCGUGUGAUGGAGUUUCUUUGUCCCCUUCCAAUAAAGCAUACGGACCGAA